AUGACGAAUGACACGAGUCCUGAACACACAGAGAAGAACCCCAAAGCCAACAUAGAGAGCAUCCCCGCUGAAGAUCUGUGUCAUACUACAUUGCCCAGCGCGUCUAUCACGUCAAUGCCAACAGAACUCUUAUACGUGAUCCUCCACCUAGUCGAAUGUCCGAGCGGCACUGAACUCGUGAUGUCACCAUUUGGCUCCUUCGAACUUGAAUCCAUUAGGACUUAUGCGGAGACUCUCACUCUGACCGGAAAGCUGGCUUUACCUCAUGUCUGCCGUCGCUGGAUGGAGGUGUUAGCGCCGGAUCCAGAGUUCUGGAAAGUCCUGGCCGUUAGACUUGAUGAUUCCUCUCCAUUCACUCCCGCAUUCAUUCACCUCUUCUUCGAUGCUUCCCGAGGCAACCUUUUUGCUGUAGAGAUUUCCGUAGGAAACCCGGAUAUUGCUGGGAUGACCGCCGCCGAAGAGAAUUCGCGCAUCGAGACAAUUCUGGAAGUACUCCGUCCAUACUUUCCCCGUAUCAUGUCUUUGAAGAUCCGCACCGUCUUUCGUUCAUCUGCCAUCAUUGCUAUCAACGGCCUGGACACGCGCGCACUGUCGCUCCUCAUCACCCUCCACCUUGAUUCUCAUAUUGCAGAUGACCCCGCACCACUGUUUAUUGGCAAUAUCGAGUUUUCUAAGCUUUCCCACCUUCAGAUCGACGCGAAGAGCUUUGUGCAUCUGAUCAACUGCGGUUUAUAUUUUCCAAGUGACCGCGUCGAAACAGUCGACAUCACCAGAUACCGGCCUGCUAAUGGCUCAUUCCUCUCUACGCUCGCCUUCGUCAAAGCGCUACACAGAUAUUUCGUGAAGCCCAACAUGACUCUGUCCAUCUCUGAUGUCGCUUUUGAUCCGCUUCUGUCCUCAAAGGCCAUGACAUGGCCGCCUUCCUGUAUAUCCGUACACGGGCUCCACUUACGCGACCUUGAUGGGCCCUCGGUCUCUGCUAUAUUGAGGCAUGUCGGCUGUGUUGCGGAGACAGGGUCUGUGACGCUCGAGCGAUGCGAGCUGGAUCCUCAGCAUCGUGAAAUCACCCAAGCUGCCAAUGUCACUCUUAUUGAAACGGGUCAAGAUCCGGCACUGGAGCCAAUUAUCCAGAAUUAGGGAGUUCAAACAGCUGUGGUCUAUUCCGCAAAGACUGCUACAUGAAAUAGUCGAAUGUUUGCGGGAGGCUCAUUCAAGUAGAAGCUUCUGAUGUAGACGAGUGAUAUGUAUUCCACGGUUAUGUAUACUGAAAACCUCCUCUACUUCCGCUGUCGCAUCUAUCUCAACCUCCCCCUCCUCUGCCGCAACCUCCCCCGCCUCCGCCACCUCCACCACAGCCUCCGCCCCCUGAACUACCACCGCCCCCGCAGGCCGUCCCCGCUCCUCCG